AUGUACAGGGAGGAAAAACCACGCAGACGCAACAGUGUCUGGACUCCUCCAGUCUGCCCCCUCCCUUUGCCCCCCAGAGAUCCCAGUGCGCUCCCGGUACCAGCCACUUCCCAAAACUCAUGCGCACGGUGGGUGCCGCCUGCUCUCCUAAUGGUGUCUCCGACCAUAAAGGCGGUGGUAGAUGCUCUCUGGGCGGUGUGGAGUAUCGGCGCCUCCAUCUAUGACUACAUCAACACGGGGGAUAUGGAGGAGCGUGUGCAUGCACUGGAGCGCCUCAUCGUGCUGCAUGAGUGCGCCAUCGGCCUGCUGUCUGCAGGGGUCUGCGUGCUCUUCACUUACGUGCUCUUCAGGAACAUCUGA